AUGCGCAUCUCUCGAUCUUUCAAAUCCUCUGGGCACUGCAAACCGAGCCCCAAUGGACGUUACAUAGCGACGCUCAGCUCCUCGGCCGUCAAUGUGCGUUCGACUGAGACGCUUGCCCUCGUCAAUGUGAUAAAACUCUCCAGCGACCUUCAGGGCCCCAUUACCACCUUCCUCUGGUCACCAUCUUCCAGCAAUAUUCUCGUUGCUACGGCCGACGAUGUCCAGGUAUCCUCUGCGGUUGAUUCGUCGUUUAGUGCUACGAUCCGCAACACUACUUGUCCCGGCGGGACACCUGGCUUUGUUUCCUUUGGAGCCAGCGACCACGAAGUCCUGCUAUGCUCCCCAUUUGGUUUGAAACUUGCCAUCGUUGAUCUGACCACGUCCAAGAUCGUGGAGAUCAGCAGCCCCAAAUUCCACCAUGCGUCGACCGCCGCCCGAGGCUUCUCUCUUCGUCCCGCCACAGGACACCUGGCAGUGCUCUCUCGCGUCGGUGGCAAGGACAUGGUUAGUAUCCAUCACCCUAGCACACGGCUUGUCGAGAGGUCCUGGAGCCCAGACACCGUCGAUGGCCAGGGCAUCCUUUGGACCCCAGACGGGAAGUGGCUGCUUCUCUGGGAGUCUCCAGCACAAGGCCAUCAUUUAUCCAUCUACACGCCCGAAGGCCAGCACUUCCGCACCCUAGGGGCGUCGACCAUCCUUCGGGAGCAAACGUCGGGAGCAGAUUGCGAGCUCGAGCUCGGCAUCAGGACUUGCCAGCUCAGCCCUGAUGCCGAGCUGUGCGCACUGGGCGAUCACAGUGCGGGCGUCACGAUUCUGGACACGGGGACGUGGAGGGCUUGCCUGAGGUUGAUGCACCCCGCCAUCAUCGUUCCCAAGGACACUACGCAGGUGUGGCAAGAGCAGGCCAGCUCUGCAGGCCCGGGAAGCUCCACACACUCAUUUGUGCGAGCAACGCAAAUGGUUGCGCCCCCUGCACAGUCAUCGGAGGCGAAACACGCUGCUCCGUUGCGUCCGGGCUGCUCAAUGGCUGCGUUCGAUGCAUCCUCUGCGCUCCUGGCCACCAAGCUCGACGACUCGCCGUGCGCAGUCUGGGUCUGGGAUGUGGCGGCAGCGGAGCUUCGAGCCGUUCUUAUAUUUCAUUCCACUGUUGGCUUCAGCUGGCACCCGAGCGUUCGUGAGCUGCUGUUGGUUACAUGUCAGGACGAAGCUGGCCGCGGUGCAACGUUCGUCUGGGAUCCGCUGUCGGAGGGACCGCUGUUGGUAAGUCAGGCCGACGGGCUCCCGAAUGCGCGACCAGCAAAGGCGGUGGGCAAAGCGCCCAAGGUCCUGUGGGUGGACCGCGACACGGAAUUCCCGGAGCUUGUCGUGGCGGACGCGGAGAGCUACGCGCUGCUGUCGCUCUCUGACGCCGACAACGACGACGGGCGCGGCCCAUGGCGCGAUGACGGCGGCAGGGUGGACGGUGAUGGCCCAUUCUCGGCUCGGGACGACGCUGAGGACACGGGUAGACCCGUCCUUCUUAGCCCGGAUGACGUUUCAGAACUGGACGACACUUUUUCGUUCAGGAACACGUCGGUGUAG